UGUGACUCUCCUUCGCACGUAAACACAUCCUUAGCUAGCUUACAUCCUUAGUUAGCGUCAUUUAGACGUCAAACUCAUCUAAAAUAACUUGUAACUAACCCCGGGGCGCGAUGGGCAACCAGCUGGCGGGCAUCGCCCCGUCCCAGAUCUUGUCCGUGGACAGCUACUUCUCGGACAUCCACGACCACGAGUACGACAAGAGUCUGGGCAGUACGCGCUUCUUCAAGGUGGCGCGGGCCAAACACCGCGAGGGCCUGGUGGUGGUCAAGGUGUUCGCCAUCCAGGACCCCUCGCUGCCGCUCACCAGCUACAAGCAGGAGCUGGAGGAGCUGAAGAUCCGCCUGCACUCGUGCCAGAACUGCCUGCCCUUCCAGAAGACCUCCCUGACGGAGAAGGCUGCCAUUUUGUUCCGGCAAUACGUCCGGGACAACCUGUACGACCGCAUCAGCACCAGGCCUUUCCUGAACAACGUGGAAAAGCGCUGGCUGGCCUUCCAGAUCCUCAACGCCGUGGACCAGGCGCACAAGGCCGGCGUGCGCCACGGCGACAUAAAGACUGAAAACGUUAUGGUGACCAGCUGGAACUGGGUGCUGCUUACCGACUUUGCCAGCUUCAAGCCCACCUACCUGCCCGAGGACAACCCCGCCGACUUCAACUACUUCUUCGACACGUCCCGGCGCCGGACAUGCUACAUCGCGCCCGAGCGCUUCGUGGAUGGGAGCAUGUUCGCCGCCGAGAGCGACCAGAACACGCCGCUGGUGGACCUCACCAACAACAACCAGAGGAGCAGAGGGGAGCUCAAGCAGGCCAUGGACAUCUUCUCUGCAGGCUGCGUGAUUGCUGAGCUGUUCACGGAAGGCGUCCCGCUCUUCGAUCUGUCCCAGCUCCUGGCGUACCGCAAGGGUCACUUCCAGACCGAGCAGGUCCUGGAGAAGAUCGAGGACCGUAGCAUCCGAGAGCUGGUGGCUCAGAUGGUUCAGAGGGAGCCGGAGCGGCGCUUGGCGGCGGAGGACUACCUGAAGCAGCAGAGAGGCAAAGCGUUCCCCGACAUCUUCUACACCUUCCUGCAGCCGUACAUGGCGCAGUUCGCCAAAGAGACCUUCCAGUCUGCAGACGAGCGAGUGCUAGUUAUCCGCAAGAACCUGGAUAACAUCCUUCACAACCUGCCAGGCGUGCAAUGUUGCCCUCAGGAUGACAGCGAGGGCGUUGUGAGCAUAAAGGAGCACCAGGGCCUCAUCGUGCUGGCGUCCGUUAUCACUUCCUGCCUGCAGACGCUGCGCUCCUGCGACUCCAAGCUGGCGGCGUUGGAGCUCAUCCUCCACCUGGCGCCACGCUUGUGCGUGGACAUCCUGCUAGACCGCGUCACGCCGUACCUGCUGCACUUCUGCAACGACCCGGUGCCGCGCGUGCGUGCCCAGGCCGUGCGCACGCUCACCAAGGUGCUGGCGCUGGUCAAGGAGGUGCCACGCAAUGACGUCAACAUCUACCCGGAGUACAUCCUGCCGGGCGUCGCCCACCUCGCGCAGGACGACGCCACCAUCGUCCGGCUGGCCUACGCAGAGAACGUGGCGCACCUGGCAGAGAGCGCACUCCGCUUCCUGGAGCUGGUGCAGGAAAACAACGUGAACAUGGAGCACGACGUCAGCGGCGAGGACGGCGAGGAGACGCUGCACCUCAACGAGAACUACGACUCGGAGCUGCAGGCGCUCCACGAGAUGGUGCAGCAGAAGGUGGUGACGCUGCUGAGCGACUCGGAGAAUGUGGUCAAGCAGUCGCUGAUGGAGAACGGCAUCACGCGCCUCUGCGUCUUCUUCGGCCGCCAGAAGGCCAACGACGUGCUGCUGUCGCACAUGAUCACCUUCCUCAACGACAAGAAUGACUGGCACCUGCGCAGCGCCUUCUUCGACAGCAUCGUCGGAGUGGCGGCGUACGUGGGCUGGCAGAGCUCCUCCAUCUUGAAGCCGCUCCUCCAGCAGGGCCUGAGCGACACCGAGGAGUUCGUCAUCCACAAAGCUCUGAACGCGCUCACGUGCAUGUGCCAGCUGGGCCUGCUGCAGAAACCUCACAUCUACGAGUUUGUCGCCGACAUCGCGCCGUUCCUGUGUCACCCCAACCUGUGGAUCCGUUACGGCGCAGUGGGCUUCGUGACCGUGGUCGCGGAGCACCUCAACGUUGCUGACGUCUACUGCAAGCUGAUGCCGCACCUCAACCCGUUCAUUACACAGCCCAUCAUCCAGAUCGACAAGGAGCUGGUCCUGCUGAGCGUCCUGAAGGAGCCGUUGAGCCGCUCCAUCUUCGACUACGCUCUGCGCUCCAAGGACAUCUCCAGCCUCUUCCGCCACCUGCUGUUGAGGCAGAAGAUGCGCGCGGGGUCCAUCCCAGAAUGCCCUCCUCACGAGGACCCGGCCAUUGCUCAGCUCUUUAAGAAGCUGCUCUCGCAGGGAAUGACGGAGGCGGAGGAGGACAAGCUGCUGGCUCUGCGAGACUUCAUGCUGAAGUCCAACAAGGCCAAAGCCAACGUAGGCGAGCAGACCCUCCUGAGGGACGCGGCCCAGACUGGCGUCAUCGACCUUGCUACACUCGGCAUCACCGGGCGCCAGGCGGACCUUGCCAAGCCUAAAGGCGAGGUGGACGACAAGCGAGCGAGGAAACACGCCAAGCAGGACUCCAUCAUGAACGAGGAGUGGAAGAGCAUGUUUGGGUCUCAGGAGCCCGCCACCGCCGCCACGCCGCCCUCCACGGCCACUGACGGGGGGCCUUCGAGUCAGGCCCGGAAGAGCUCGGCGUCCUCGGCAACGUCCGCGCUCCAGUCGGCGACAGGCGGCCCCGCCUACCAGCGCCGCAUCAACACGUGCAAGGCGGAGCUUCAGCAGCUGGUGCAGCAGAAGCGAGACCAGUGCAGCGCCGAGCGCAAGGCCAAGCAAAUGAUGGAGAGCGCCGAGUGGGAGAGUCGGCCGCCGCCGCCCGGGUGGCACCCCAAGGGGCUGCUGGUCGCCCACCUCCACGAACACAAAGCCGCCGUCAACCGCAUCCGGGUCUCGGACGAGCACGCCAUCUUCGCCACGGCGUCCAACGACGGCACGGUCAAGGUGUGGGACAGCCAGAAGAUGGAGGGAAAGACCACCACCACCAGGUCGGUGUUGACCUACUCGCGCAUCGGCGGCCUCGUCAAGACGCUGACCUUCUGUCAGGGCUCACAUUACCUGGCCGUGGCGUCGGACAACGGCUCCAUCCAGCUGCUGGCGGUGGAAGCCAACAAACCGCCCAAGUCCCCCAAAGUCCAACCUUUCCAGACCAGGUCUCUGGACCUCCAAGAGGACGGCUGCGCGGUGGACAUCCACCAUUUCAACUCAGGCGCUCAGUCCGUGCUGGCGUACGCCACCGUCAACGGCUCGCUGGUCGGCUGGGACCUUCGCUCCAACGCCAACGCCUGGACGCUUCGCCACGACCUGCGCCUGGGACUCAUCACCUCCUUCAGCGUGGACAUGCACCAGUGCUGGCUCUGUCUCGGGACGAGCAGCGGGACCAUGGCGUGCUGGGACAUGCGCUUCCAGCUGCCCAUCUCCAACCACACCCACCCCGCACGCGCACGAGUCAGACGGCUGCUCAUGCACCCGCUCUACCAGUCGUCGGUCAUCGCAGCCGUCCAGGGCAACAACGAAGUGUCCAUGUGGGACAUGGAGACCGGGGACCGCAAGUUCACGCUGUGGGCCAGUUCGGCGCCGCCGCUGUCCGAGCUGCAGCCCUCCCCUCACAGCGUGCACGGCGUCUACUGCAGUCCGGCCGACGGGAACCCGCUCCUGCUGACGGCCGGCUCCGACAUGAGGAUCAGGUUCUGGGAUUUGGCGUACCCCGAGAGGUCCUACAUCGUGGCGGGCGGAGCCAACGACUCGCUGCACUGCCCGUCCGUGGUGUACAGCAGGAAGAUCAUCGAAGGGACGGAAGUGGUGCAGGAAAUCCACAGCAAACAGAAGAGCGGCGCCGCGGACGACUCGCCGCGUCGAGGCCCCGAGUCGCUGCCCGUGGGACACCAUGACAUCAUCACUGACAUCGCCACCUUCCAGACCACACAAGGCUUCAUUGUCACCUCAUCACGAGAUGGGAUCAUCAAAGUGUGGAAGUGACACACACACACACACACACACACACCUUGUACAUAGUCCUCGCAUGAAGUAGGAGUCAUGUGACUUGCACACUCUCAAUAAAGGCCACUUCAACUUCCAACUUCCUCUAACUGCCAUGAUUGUGGUGGCCCCGCCCCCCCGCAGGCCAUGACCUGUGACCCUUAACGGGGCGGUACAGCUCGGUUGGUAGAGCGGCCGUGCCAGCAACUUGAGGGUUCCAGGUUCGAUCCCCGCUUCCGCCAUCCUAGUGCGUGCCGUUGUGUCCUUGGGCAAGACACUUUACCCACCUGCUCCCAGUGCCACCCACACUGCUUUAAAUGUAACUUAGAUAUUGGCUUUCACUAUGUAAAGCGCUUUGAGUCACUAGAGAAAAGGCACUAUAUAAAUAUAAUUCACUUCACUUCACGUAACACAGAAAAAGAUUGACUCAACU